AUGGAGGCUGCUAGGCAGGCUGCUGAUGAUGCUCAAAGGCAGCACAUGGAUGCUCUCCGCCAGUUAGGGGAGAAUGCUGCUGGUGCCCAGAUGUAUGGUCCUCAUCCCCAACCUCCACCCCUUGAAUGGAGUUUGGAAGACUUCUUGAAGCACCACCCCGCCAAGUUUGAUGGCAAGACGAGUCCCGACCAGGCGGACCAGUGGAUGAAGGAUAUGGAGCGCAUCUUUGAUGCCAAAAGGUGCCCCGAUGAGAGUAGGCUUGCUUUCACUAUCUAUAUGCUCACAGGAGAGGCUGAACAUUGGUGGGCCAGCAUGAGGCUAGUGAUGGAAGAGAAGCAUGAGGAUGUCACAUGGGAAGCCUUCAAGAGGAGGUUUCUUUUAGAGUACUUUCUGGACAGCGUGAGAUACGCAAAAGAGGUAGAGUUCCUACAGCUAACACAGGGGAACAAGUCAGUAACUGAGUACACCGAGAGGUUUAAGCAUCUGGGACGUUUCUACACCAUGCCGCUCGAUGUAGAGUGGCGCUGCAGGAAGUUUAAGAAUGGUCUCAGAGGAGACAUUCGAUUGAUGGUGGCCCCGCUGUCCAUCAUAGACUUUGCGGCCUUGGUAGAAAAGGCCAGAGUCAUAGAGCGAAUGAAGGUAGAGAUAGAAGCCCAACAGCAGCCACAACAGAGAGUUAGUAGACCAUCUGGGUCUAGGCCACAAGUUGAAGAGAAGAAGAAGCCUUAUGCUAGGCCUCAUCCACAGCCACAAGGGUCUAGAGGCUUUUCUUCCCCGCCAGUAGGAUCUAGUGCCACCACUGUGGAGGAUCGCACGGAGGGCCAUUUUGGCAGGGAUUGUCCUACUUUGAGGAGGACAGUGGCACGACCUUCACCACAGACUCCGGGCCAGACUUCUGGUCAGACUCAGCAGAGGAGGGGGACGAGUAGGCCUCAGGCUACAAGCAGGGUUCAUGCGAUGAUUGGGUCAGAAGUGGCAGGUUCAGGUAACCUUUUGUUUGGUUGUUGUGUGAAAUUUGGCAAAUCUUGUUGCGUGCUUUUUGAUUCUAGAGCGACACACUCGUUUGUGUCAGAGUCUUGUGUGCAGGAGUUGGGUCUGUCGGUGUGUGAGCUAUCGUUUGACCUCGUGGUAUCUACCCCGACAUCUGGGUUGGUUAGGACUUCUUCUGUGUGUGCUAGAUAUCCAGUUGAGGUAGAGGGACGCGUAUACAAAGUCAAUCUCAUAUGCCUCCCUCUACAAGGGUUAGAUGUAAUCUUGGGAAUGGAUUGGUUCUCUGCAUAUCAUGUUCUCAUAGACUGUCAGGAGAAGAAGUUGUUGUUCUCCAACUCAGAGGAGCCUAAGUUGUUGUCUUCUCAUGGGGUUAUGAAGGAAAUUCAGAACGGCGCACAGUGUUAUAUAAUCUUUGCCAGGAUAAAGGUUGAGAAGGAGGAGAGGAUCACCGUGAUACCAGUGGUCAGGGAAUUUGAGGAAGUGUUCCCCGAAGAGGUACCAGGUUUGCCCCCGAGGAGAGAAGUUGAGUUCUCCAUAGACUUGGUACCGGGAGUUGGCCCUAUGUCGAUAGCUCCUUACCGCAUGGCCCCAGCAGAGUUGGUGGAGUUAAAGAAGCAGAUAGAGGGAUUUCUUGAGUAA